GUGAGUUUAAACUUUUAAUUGUAACGGCUAAAGAUAAAACUAUAUAUAAACAACAUUUAAAGUGGAAUAAAAUAACUUUAAAAUGGAAGAUUUCGAUGUAUUUACAAAUGAAAUAAACUUUACUAAACCAGUGUUCAAGAACGUGUUACACAAAUACGCAAAAGACAUUCCAUCUACACCGAGUAGUGCAAAUUAUCAAAGUGGUCAAAAAUUAUUAGCCGAGGAAAGUUUUCAUGAGAAUAAAGAAAAAGAAUGUGCAUUCCACUUCAGUGAAUCUGUGUCAGCUUCAGUCAGAACCUUGGCCAUUUAUAGAGAUGAACAGGAUUUAUUAUCUGGAGAUAAACUGCAAAAGUUGACCAAUUAUAUUAAGCCAAUAAAAAAAAUAAUUGAUUCCACACCACUGUCAAAAGAAGAUGCAGAACUAGUCAAUUUUAUAGCAGAUUUCGAAAGUACAACAAAAGUGUUGGAUGAUUUACAGUUGAAUGACAAUGAACCUUUCUAUAAACAAUACCUAAAAUUUGGACCACACAAUAAUGUUGAUAAUAUGCUUAAGAUAUUAUCGGAAUUGCCUAAAGAAUGGACCAUAGUACAAUUAACGGCACCGUACAACCCCAAUGAAAAUAUCAAACCGCACUCAGAGUACAGAUGUGAUAUAAAUUCCAUCUUCUUAACUGUGUUUAGCAAUGAUUAUUUGACAAAUGGACCAUUAACUGUUUCUAUACCGGCUAAUAUAACUAAAGAAGGAGAAAAGCCCCUUUUCACUGAGCUAUUCUCAUUACUAGACGACAACUAUAAAACAAUAGAUAAUGCGCAGUAUUUGAACAACAAACGACUGAUACGUAACUACUGGAGUCGUAGGGAAGACGUGGAUUUAAGAAUGAAAAGUGUUUUAAACGUAAUGGAUAAAGAUUGGCUCGGCGGUUGGUCGAGUUUGUUGACCGGGAAGAUGGCGGAUUCGAAACUGCGUGACAAAAUUGUUAAUAUGGUGGAUUGUGCUAUAGCUGAUUGGGGAUUUAUAAGGCUAAACACAAAGCAAAAGAUACUCCUAUACAACCUAAUGAAGUCGUGUCCAUCGUUACAAAUGCAGCAAAUAAAAUCGUGCAUCAGGAGAAUCCUAACGGAAUAUGGCAACAUCGACGAAAUUAGAGCAGUUCAAAUUUCGAACGGUUGCGGAGCGUGUUCGAACGAGUUUCGAUUUUCGAACGAAUUGUGUUUGAAAUGUCUCUCGAAAUGUUUCGAGGGGAUACACAAGUUCAGUUUAGUCGAUGGUAUAAGGGCGUUUUCACAUGUUGCGACGCAAAUACGCGAGAAUGACGAAUGGGCGGUGUUGAGGAGGGCGAAACGGCAUCCGGUCAUUUUGAUUGUGGACGAGAUGCUAGACACUUUCCCAUGGGAGAGUUUGCCAGUAUUGAACCUACAACCAGUAACUAGAAUGGAAAAUAUACACUUCCUGUACAUGUUGUACAAAAUACACCAGGACAGAAUUGUGGAUGGGUAUUUCGAGGCAAGAUCGGAAGUCGGACGAUAUAUUAUUAAUCCAGGUAUGUUGGGGCAUGAUGAGGAUACUGCCCUAUCCUAUUUCUGGCCUUGA